GCUUCGGUAGCCAUUACGAGUUUUUUCCUCUGGUGUCGCUGUCUGUUUUCGUAUUCUGCUUUUCAUUCGUUUAAUCUCAGACUGUCUUGUGCUGUUUUUGCAAUAGUGUCGUCUAUCCUAAUGAGGGAGCUUCGUCCCUCACUGGCACUGGGAGAUGGUGGUGUUAAACAUUUCUGACCAGCCACCUCUGGUCCAGGCCGUAUUUAAUCGGAAUGCAGAUGAAGUUCAGUUAUAUUUGCACAAGAAAGAUGAAGUCAAUGCACUGGACCAGGAGCGACGCACGCCUCUGCACGCUGCUGCUUGGUUGGGAGACGUCCAUAUCAUGGACCUCCUCAUCACAGCAGGUGCCAAUGUUAAUGCAAAGGACCACAUGUGGCUGACGCCAUUACACCGAGCAGCAGCUUCCAGGAAUGAGAGGGCAGUGGGGCUGCUGUUGCGGAAAGGGGCCGACGUGACGGCGAGGGAUAAGUUCUGGCAGACGGCGCUGCACAUCGCUUCAGCAAACCGAGCCAUGCGCUGCACUGAGGCUCUGCUGUCCCACGUCAGCAGUGUGAACAUGGCCGACCGCACGGGCAGAUCCGCCCUCCACCACGCCGCCCAGAGCGGCUGCCACGAGAUGGUUAAAUUGCUGCUGAACAGAGGGGCCAAUCUGAGUGCCAGCGAUAAGAAGGAGAGGCAGCCCAUCCACUGGGCGGCUUACCUCGGUCAUCUGGAGGUGGUGAAGUUACUGGUGUCUCAAGGUUCAGAUAAGAGCUGUAAGGACAAGCGAGGCUACACUCCUCUGCACGCUGCUGCUGCCAGUGGACACGUCGAUGUGGUCAAGUACUUGUUACGCAACGGAGCCGAGAUUGAUGAGCCCAAUGCUUUUGGAAACACAGCUCUACAUGUAGCCUGUUAUAUGGGGCAGGAAGCAGUCGCUAAUGAGCUGGUUAACCGCGGUGCUAAUGUUAACCAGCCCAACCAGCGAGGCUUCAGCCCCCUGCACCUGGCUGCCGUGUCCACGAACGGUGCCCUCUGUCUGGAGCUGCUGGUCAACAACGGGGCUGACGUCAACAUGCAGAGCAAAGAAGGUAAGAGCCCCCUCCACAUGGCAGCCAUCCACGGACGCUUCACUCGCUCCCAGAUCCUCAUUCAGAACGGUGGGGAGAUAGACUGUGUGGACAGAUAUGGCAAUACUCCUCUUCAUGUUGCUGCUAUGUAUGGCCAUGAGCUGCUCAUCAGCACCUUAAUGACAAACGGCGCUGAUACAGCCAGGCAAGGGAUACAUGGGAUGUUCCCACUGCACUUAGCCGUGCUCUACGGGUUCUCUGACUGUUGUCGCAAGCUGCUCUCCUCAGGUCAGCUGUACAGCAUUGUGCUGUCGAUGAGCAAAGAGCACGUGCUCUCGGCCGGCUUCGACAUCAACACUCCGGACGAGUACGGGAGAACCUGCUUACACGCUGCUGCCUCUGGAGGAAACACUGAAUGUCUGAACCUGCUGUUGAGCAGUGGAGCUGACAUGAAUAAGAAAGACAGGUUUGGGAGGACCCCUUUGCACUAUGCGGCUGCUAACAGAAGGUAUCAGUGUGUGGUGAUUCUAGUGGGAGCAGGAGCCGAGGUCAACGAGCCUGACCGAACUGGCUGCACACCUUUACACUACUCAGCUGCUUCCACAGCUUUCUGCAGGGUGGAUAGAGGCCAGCAGAGUCCAGAGGAUGGAGAGAAGGAGUCAUUCAUGUGUGUGGAGUACUUGCUGGAUAACGGAGCAGACCCAUGCCUGUGCAACUCUAAAGGAUACAGUGCUGUUCACUACGCAGCCGCCCACGGCAACAAGCAGAGCCUUGAGCUGCUUUUGGUGAUGUCCUACAAUAUAUCAGGAGACGCAGAAAGCACUGGACCUGUCAGUCCCUUACACUUAGCAGCGGAGGCAGGACACUGGGAGUGCGUGAGUGUGUUGAUCGAGUCGGGCGUGUGUGUGGAUGUUUGUGACUCAGCAGGACGCUCAGUGCUCUACUUGGCCUCACAGAGAGGACACGCUCGCUGUGUGGAGCUGCUGCUCAGCCAGUCAGCAUCCUGCCUGCUCACUGAGCACUGCAAUAAGUGGAGUCCUCUCCACGUCGCAGCUGCCAACGGCCACACAGACUGUCUGCAGAUGCUGCUGUCCAGCAAGGAGGACACUGACCUUCCAAAUGUCUCCGACACCGAGGGACAAACUCCUCUGAUGCUGGCUGUGCUGGGAGGUCACACUGACUGCGUCCUCUUGCUGCUGGAGCGAGGGGCUUGUCCCGAUACGAGAGACAGGAAAGGACGAACAGCACUGCACAGAGCGGCACUGCUCGGCUGGGAGGACUGCGUGACGGCACUGCUGUCCCACAAUGCCACAGUCCUGACUAAAGAUGUUCAGGGCUGCACUGCACUCCAUCUGGCUGCUUCCUGUGGCCACGCUGAGAUUCUGUCCAGAAUGUUGUCUGCUGCUGACCACACCAACUUGCACCAUCCAAUCACUGACUGCCACGGCUUCACCCCUACACACUGGGCAGCCUAUCACGGUCAUGAAGACUGUUUGGAAGUUUUACUUGAAAUUAAACCAUGUAGUAUCAAGGAGGGAAACCCCUUCACCCCACUGCACUGUGCUCUAAUUAAUGGCCAUAGUGGUUCUGCAGAAAUUCUCUUGAACUCCAGAUUUGGCACGUCACUGGUCCAUGCCAGGGAUGCAAAGGGAAGGACUCCGCUCCACGCCGCCUCCGUGGCCGAGGACGUCUCUGGGCUGCUCCUGAUUCUGCGCAUGGGGGCUGACAUCAACGCCGUGGACCACUCGGGACGCUCGGCGCUCAUGGUGGCUGCCAACAAGGGCAAGAGCGGCGCUGUGGCCCUGCUGCUGCAUCGAGCCAAAGCGGAUCUGUCUCUUCUGGAUGUGAACAGAAACACUGCCCUGCAUCUGGCCUGCAGCAAGGCUCAUGAGAUGUGUGCCAUGCUGAUCCUGAAAGAGAUCCACAACCCGAUUCUCAUCAAUGCAACCAACAGCAUGCUUCAAAUGCCUCUUCACAUCGCAGCCAGGAACGGCCUGGCCACUGUGGUUCAGGCUUUGCUGAAUCGUGGAGCCACAGUGCUGGCAGUGGAUGAGGAGGGUCAUACCCCUGCCCUGGCAUGCGCUCCCAACAAAGCCGUGGCCGACUGCCUCGCUCUCAUCCUCUCAACCAUGAAGCCUUCUUCCUCCGGCGCACCCUCUUCCUCUCCCUCCUCCCCCAGGCUGAAUCUGCUCAAGCAUUGUGGCAUCACAGCCGCUUGCCCCCCUUUGCCCAACGGAGGCCUUCGCCACACCUACGGCAAAGAUCGGCACGGCGCCGCCUUCGGAUUGGACGGCUGUCUGACCGAGUGAGCCGAUCUGCAUCCUAGAGCCCUUACGACGUACAACACACACACACACACACACACACAAUAACACGUCUGUGUGUAUGGAUGCUCAGUUUGGUCUUCUCUUUCUCUCUCUCUUUCUCUCUCUCUCUCUCUCUCUCUCUCUCUCUCUCUCUCUUUCUAGACACCUAGUCAAAAACGAUAUGCAAUUACAGCCACAUAACCCUCCUGCCCCCAUCAUCACUGCUUUUCUUUACUACUAUUAGAGGAUGACCAGGAACGAACGUGUUUAUUUAUUUAAUUACUCACUAGUUCUUGUUUGAAAAGUCUAAUAUUCCAAGCCAUCUUGUGUGCUCGAGUUUCCAUGAGUGCUAGCUAGUUGUUUUUAAACUAUUGUUAAUUUAAGCCCAGUUUACUCGGCUAAGGUUAGUAUUAUGCAGCUGCUCAUUCUUUUGGUCACAGACACGUGUGUGUGUGUGUGUGUGUGUGUGUGUGUGUGUGUGUGUGUGUGUGUGUGUUUCUUAUGAGAAGCUGUGGCCUUGCAGAGGAAUUUCCAGCCUGCCCUGAGGAACAGUUUAAACGGGUUACUGUAAACUAGUAUGAAGGUGUGGGCCAUGUAAUAGAUGGUCUCAAAUAGGUGUGUGUGUGUGUGUGUGUGUGUGUGUGUGUGUGUAAGUGUGUGAGACUGUGGUUAUGUGUGUUUAGCAGUCCAACCAGAUUUCCAUCCCAUACUUGAUUCUUGCUUUUUAAGCUUGUGCAUUGUAUGUCAGGUGCAAUCAAAUUCAGCACAAAACUAAGCAGAAAAAUUUUUUUUUCUUUGAGACAAGGGAAACCAUAUAACCUUAAGCCAAAUGACCAAUGACCUCUGGGUUCGAAAGGUCAAAAAUGGUGCAUGUUUACUGUAGGCAUUUUUUUGGGAGGAAGGAAUAAACUGGGGACAUUGCAAUAGGUUUACACAGCGCGUAUUUGUUAUUCCAGAUUAAAGAGUAGCACCAGGGUACCAUCAGUCAUCCGAUAUGAUACGCAGGCGACGAUGAACUGAAUAGGAAAUCGAAAGCACAAGCAUCAGAGUGGACGUAGGCCUUUGAAAACUGAUCCUUGCUCCUAGGGACCACCUUUUAUCUGGGAAAGAACACUCAUUUUUGGGGAGAAAUUGGAAAUUGGCGGCUACUAGCUGGAAUCUCCGUGUAGUGCUUUCCCAGCGGACCAUAUCAAAAUGUCUUGUGUUGCGUUGAGCUGCUUUCGCAGUGCCUUUUUAACAGGUUUUCUUUUUAAAUGUCCAUUCAGUUCGACUUGUCACCAUUCACAGCUUAAGUGGUGCUUCCUCUACAGACUAUUAACUUUAGCCAUAUGAAACAUUAGUCGAGCCUUUUGCUGAAGGAUCACUUGGAAUUCAUUUGAACUGUCAGUUUAGUGGUUUUUUUUGUUUUUUUUUAAUCCUCGUUAGGAAAUGAGUUGUUUUUAAUCGAGCAGCUUUUUCCGUCAGGGUGUAUGGCUUUAACUUCUGCUAUUCACAAGCUCAAACUGAGGAUCAGCAAUUUUGUGAUAUUUCACUUCGCUGAUUUUCACAUAGGGUUUAUUUGGGUUAUUAUUAUGACCAAAGUUGCGUUAAUUUCGUAGCGUUCAUAAUUUGGCAAAAACAAAACACCUGCUUCGUGGUGAUACUUAAAAUCUGUUGCCCCUCUUCCCUUGUUUUUUCUUUUUUUUUUUUUUUUUUUUUUUUUUUUUUUUUUUUUAACCGAAUGCUUCCGUAUUGCCAAAGGUUGAUUAAUUGUUCAGUGUACAAAUGUGCUUCCUUUUCAUUUUACAUUGAAGCCACAACGUUUCAGAAAAUAUUAGGACCGGAAUAUUAUUCGCAAAAUAUAGACAUGCAAUAUUUGCGCAAUUAGUAAAGAGACAAUCAGUCGAAAGGGCUUUUAAUUUCCCCUAUUAUUAUUAUUAUUAUUAUUAUUAUUAUUAGAUUUUCCAAUGUAUUUGAGACCACAGGGAAUUGAAAAGAGAUUUAUGUGCGCCGUCAUCUUAACCUGAAUUGUACCUGAGUCUCACUGAAGCCAUGAGAACUGUUAGUUUUAAACAUAUAGAGUGAAGCAGCAGUAAAUCUUGAUGUUUUUUUCCCCCCCUCCUGUGAGAAUUUUCACAGAAAUACUUUAGUAGAUGUUAGGUGAUUGUAGACGUGUGCUGAAAUAAUUCAGGAGAAUUGGCCAACGUCCUAUCAAUUUUGCAAUAAAAUCGUCAUAAACCAUGUACUUGAAAAAAAAUUUUAAAAUGUGACUUAGUUUUAACCAUCAAUUUAAAACUAUCGUGGCGCUUUUAUCUGCUGAACAAAGUUACAGGACGCAGAUGAUGCUUCAGAUUUGUUCAAAAUAAGGAAAUUGUCAGGGGUGGACACAUCAUAAAUGUAUUAGCUGGCACAAAAAAAAACAAAAAAACAUUGAGCUAACUGAAUGUAAAAAUGUAUAGUGAGCUAGUUAGGUAGUAGAGUGCAUUAAUAAAGACUAAGACAUGCAAACGAAUAUUAGAUUAUUCUGUUCUUACAAAGUUUCUGAUGUAGCAUAUCAUGUUUGCGCCCUCAACAAAAUGUCAGCAAGACAUCGCCCGAUGUCCUCACGUCUCACAUAAAAGAUGUAGGAGUCUCCCUUGCGCCUUUAUUUUUGUGGAUUAACGCUUAUUAAUCUACUUUAUAAAAAUCGUGCUACCAUCAGCCAGAUCAUCGUGAAUGAGUAGCGUGUGCUAUAGUUACAGCAUCUGUGUGUGUGUUUGUGUACACCACCGUGAAGUGCAUUAAGUUUAAACGUGCUUACGAAAGUCAGUAAGGACUACGUUAUUUUCUGUCCUUGGUCGUUAUAUUUACUCCACUGAGCAACUAUGAAUAUCCAAACAGGAAAUCUUUUUUGUCCCGGCUGUCCCUGAUGCUGAUUUGUCCACCUCUGACUGUCCUUUUUCUAAAUGAAGCAUAAAAAAAUGCACCCUACUUUCUUUUGCUGUUCACGUGCAGCUACGUUGUGUGUAUGUGUGUGCGCGCAGACUGUCCUCACAAAUCCGAGUGUGUUGUAGCGAAUGUGGCUGAAGCAUAUUUAGGUUUUUACUUUAGUCAGGAAUAGCAGAAGUGAGUUAACCAGAUUUCUUUUUUUUUUCCCCAAAUGCAGAAGGCCACCAAAAUGAAAUGAGAAACGUGAACGCACAGGAGUUCAGUGAGGCAUUAAAAUAGAUUUGCACUGCCACUUGUAUUGAUUAUAAAUACGAUGAAGAAGUUGAGGCGAAAUAAAAAAAAAAAGUGCACAUCUCUUCGUUUGAAGAGUACUUUCUGUUCUCAUUUGGUGCCAUUUAGUAAUCAGAAAAAUCUUCUUGGAGCUGGAUAGGUUCUUUAUCUGCGUCCCGUACGUGGCAAACCUCCUCAUCGUGUGUGCAUGACGAAUUAACAGGCAGCUUGUGCAGAGGAAAGCUGGACCUAAAUAUCUUGUAGCAGAAGGUUGUCUGGUGUUAAAGCUGUUAGCCGCAGAGGAGCGCGUUUUAGGUGAACGACCAUAUGCAAAAAGAGGGAGGAAAAAAAAAAAAAAGCAUGAUGGUCAUUUCUUCAAAACUGGUGCCAUAAUUUUCUUCUCUGCACUUCAUAUGAAUGAGUUUAUAGAGUAAUGUGAAAGAAUUCUAAAGUAAUAUAUGUUGCGUGAUCUACGACAAAACCAAAUUCAUAUUUAUUUGAGAAGAAUAUAAAAAUAAUAAUAAUUAUAGAUCAAAUUAAGCUAUAAGAAUGCAAAGGUGGGAAGAAGUUUAGAAUUUAAAAAGCCAUUCUUUAGCAUCGUAUUGCAUCAUGUAACUACUUAAAUGAUAUUCAAGUUAUUUUAUUACAUACGAUCUCAAAAGGCAUUUAUGGAAAAUUUUUAGUAAUUGUUUUCAAGGGUGAAUUCUCAAAUAUUUGUCAAAUGAAAUGCCUUAACUUUAUCAGAAGGGUAGAAAUAACGAAAGUAUGUUUGUUUUUCGAUUAUUCAAAGUAACGCUCACUGAUCAACAUGUCAAGCUUGCGAUUAUUCAAAGCUUAAAAUAACGUCAGAAAUGACAUUUUUGCAACUACAGCUUUCUGUAACUUGCAUCCAAUUAGCAGGAAAAGGGGAGAACUUGUAGCUACUUCAAAGUGCGUCUUAAUAAUAAUCCGUUCAUGUCUGUGUUUAAUGUCUAGUUGAUGCUCUCGAAGGUGGUGUCGACUGAUGGAAUGUCUAAUUUACCUCAGCGGACUUUUAACGUCCCUACUACUUGAAGACACAUCCGUUUAAGGCAAUAUUUAAAUACCUAUUUGAUUCCUGCUUCGUCCUAUUUAUCUCUAGCGAUUUGCCUUAAGAGGAAACGGUAUACUGGGCGAGCAGUUGCAGCACUUGAGAGAAGAUUUCGUAAAUAUAUAGGGUCUCGUUGUUCUGAUGGCGAGAUUGUGUCAAGAAGCACACAUAUCUGCAGAGAAUGCAUCAUAAUGCCACAGAGGUUAAGCGAAAUAGCUUAAUGGUGUUUGUCAGGUGAUUUCUUUUUUUUUUAAGGACUAAUUAGGAAACGUCCUGUCUGUGCGAUGGUGUGUUUUUUAGAUUAUUUUAGCUUUUACUUGUUAGUAUCUGCAGCAUGUUUAAAAAAAAAAAAAAAUUGGAGGUAAGGUAAUGAGGUGAUAGGCUUUACACUAGCUGUUCCUUUAGGUUCGCUAAGAAUGGAGAUGUUUUUUUUUUCUCUACAGUCUGUCAUUAACCCUUUAAAACCCCAAAAUGUCAUCGUUCUCAAAUAGUAUAUAAUAUUAACAGAGGUGCCAACAUGCACAGUUUUAGUGUAGCAUUUAAUAUUUUGCGAUAAGGGAGAUGCCUGGAAACUACACAGCAGUCAGAGCAAAUUGUAUAAAAUUUGUCUGGCGGAAAACCAUUUCACUGAAGGGGAAAGGACGUAAAAGACUAGCAGUUACUUUCAGUUUGCACCAAUGUAGUCUAGCUGUGAGUUCGCAAACCUCAGUCCUGUGAGCUAGCAGAAAACAAGAAGGCGGAGCUCUGGUCUCUUUGUUUGGUUAAAAAAAAAAAGCCACUAAUUAAAUAACAUCACACCAAACCUUAACCUCAUUGUUUUCUUACUGUUGCUUGGUGCACACUUGUAAAAAAAAAAAAAAAAAAAAAAAUUUUUAAAUAAAUUAGCCGUCUUGUCCACAGACAUAAAGCUACGUGUUUUUUUUUUUGUGGUAAUUUUUUUCCCCCUCUCUGUCUGCUAGGAUUUUCUUGUUAGCAAUGUUGGCACCUCUGUAAUAAAAGAAACCUCGAUACAUUUUGAAAGGCAAAGUAGACAUUUUUGAGCCGAAUGGCAUCAAGACCAAAAAAGGAAAAAAGAAAAAAAAACAAUCGUGUUAGGAAGCUUAGAAAGAAAACGAUCCUUUAUUAUUUCUUGUGUAUUGUGGAAUAUAUAGAUAUAUAAAAACACACAGAUGCACUGCUGUGUCCUUGCUUAUUAAUUAAUGCAGGAAGGUAUUCAGAAAAUAACAUCACUUUCAUUUUUUCAUUCUUUUCUAUACAUAAAUGUUCUGUAGUUUAGAAACGAGCGAUGGGUUAAAUGGAAGGGGGCCAUGCACUGAAACAUGCUGUAAGGAUUUGAGUUGUGUUUAACUUGUGAUCUUACCUCAAAACUCAAACAUUUAAAAAAAAAAAUAUAUAUAUAUAUGAAUAAAAACUGUGCUUGUGUUUGUGAUGCACGCAUAUACACUAAGAUUCCGUUAACUUUGUUUGUGAGUUGGCGCUCCGAGGCCUUCUGAAUAGUAAAGAUUUUUAGUCUGUAGGUGCUUUUGAACUUCAAUUGAUGUCCUUUACCUUAACUAAGGGUGAAAUCCAAUCAACUACACUGUCAUCGCUUUGUCCUGAGAUUCGGUUCAAAUUUCAAUGCUGUUUAAUAUGCGAAUGAAUGAAUGUUGUUUAAAAAAAAAAAAAAAAAAAAGCUGCUUUCUCUCAUUGGCAGCUUGUUUAAUUAAUUAACGCCCUUAAUGACGCAUCGCCUGACUAGACUAGUCUUUAUACGAGGCAUAUGGGGAUCCCUUUAAACUCCAUCCGAUCAUAUGUGACGAAAGCUAUGCAGGAAUCUUUUUUCUUUCCAACAUGAAUUGUUUAAAAAAAAAAAAAAAAAAAAAGCCAAUCACAAAGCUAUGAAGCCGAUUUCGUAUCCAACCUAAAACUGACCAAGCAUCUCAGCUAGUCCAUAUUAGUGCUAUAUGUGGCAUGCUGCUAUUACGUAUGAGUCUGUACAAGUCUGUAAGCAUCUUUACUGUCUUUAAAAUUCCUCCACCAUGUGGUAAAUAUGUGGGAUUGUGCCUUUUGUUCUUAAGUACAUGCCACAGGGUACGGUCUUCCAUUGAUACCUUUUUAGUGAGCCUUAUGAAUGAUCAAAUUGGUGUAAAUUUAAAUCCGUCGAUCAACGGCUAGUUUCUACAUGAGUAUUGUGUCGUGAACAAUCAGGAGCCUCGAAAAACCGAGUCACUUUGUGUCAUCACAAAGUAGUGAAUAAUCUUUGUAUAUCAAAUUCAACGAUGUAUCUGUGCUAGCUAGUGAUGUAUUCGAGUUCUGAAUGGGGGAGGGGGGGGAAACCGCUGUUUAGUUUCCUGAAGUGUGGAUUCUUUAGUGAAGUUUUAGAUGUGUGCCGUGUUUUGUGUGGUUGUGCAUUUUGAAGUCGGUUGUAACCGUGUCUCGUAGAACGUCCAGCAUGAAUCGUCUUCUAUCUCGUGAUAGCUUUGUAGUAUCCACCCGAAAUGGAUUAGAUUGAAGUGCAAUAAUUCGACGUGCACCAUAGCAUUCUCACUGGAGGAACAUGUCCUCGUAAAUCAACCACUUUUUUUGAUUUGUGUGUGUUCUUUUUAAUACCAUCUGGCUUUGCCUUCAUAAAAAAUGUGGCACUUUCUUGUGGAAUGUAUAAAGACUUGCUAGAGACUGUGAUGGGCAUCAGACCACAUCAAUACUACUAGCAUUCAGAAAAGAGCUUUUUAUGUUUUUGUGAUUGAUUCGUGGGUGUGCUAGUGUAGAUCUUCCAUUUCCUUUCUUUCCCAAAGCAGUUCGCCAUUAAGUUAGCAUUUGUGACUCACAAGCUUGACUUUGGACUGUUCAGCCUCUUUAUGUGUGGGUUUGUUAAAGCUUUCAUGUCUCGUGUUUGGGGUUUUUUUUUUUUGUUUGUUUGUUUGUUUGUUUUGUUUUGUUUUUUUAUUUUAAAAAAAACCAAAAAAUGCCUAAGAGUUUGCUUACUGAUUUGGCCUGUUGUGGUACGAUUAAGUCGAUGGGUCUGGACUAAGAACUAGUGAAUUAUACGUUUCUCUUUGGUCCAUAUGUUAACAUGGGACAGAGGGAUUACUCCACCAACUGAGCAACCUUUCAGAAGCAGUUCAGCCUUUAUUACAAAUACAAGUCUCUUCUUUGGUUGUCCCAGGCAACAGAUUUACAGUGAUGGGAAAAUCUCAAUCUUUAAAAAGAGCAUAUCCCAAAUUUAAACCAUGUAACAUUCCAUGUGAUUAAAGCAAUCUGCACCAGGAAAUUUCACUUUAGCUUUCAGUGACCAAGACUGAAAACUUAUAAACCAGGGCUGGGCGAUAUGAUGAAAUAUCAUCAAUAUUGCAAUCAUGAUAUGCUUUUCUGUGUAUCGUGUGUUUCGUCAGGUGUUGGUGCUUUUAUAGCUCCACUGUUAAUCACUGAUUGGGCGUUACAAUCUAUUUUGUUGUACAAAUCUCUCCUUUUAACCAUUUGUUUUCUCUAAAACACUUCAUAAUAUGG